AUGUCCGCCAUCGCCUCUUCCUUCAUCGAGGGUCUCAAGGGCCGCCGCUCGAUCUAUGCCCUCACAAACGAGUCCACGGUCCCUAAUGAGCGCAUCGAAGGACUAAUUUCAGAGGUCCUCCAACAUACUCCCAGCGCAUUUAACACCCAGACUACUCGCAUUGUUGUCCUGCUUAAAGAACAACACGAGAAAUUGUGGGAUAUCGCCUACGAGACUGCCUUCGCCGCUAGCACGCCAGAGAUGUUUGAAAAAUUGUACAAACCUCGCAUUGCCAUGUUUCGCGCCGCAUACGGAACUGUUCUGUUCUACGAAGACCCGGCGCCUUUUGAGGCGUUGAAGACGAAGUGGCCUAUGCUGGUUGAGAAGUUCCCAGAAUGGUCUCUUCAAACGAGUGGAAUGCAUCAGCUUGGAGUCUGGACUCUUUUGGAAACGGAGGGGUUGGGCGCCAGUCUCCAGCAUUACAGCCCCCUCAUCGACGACCGGGUAUCACAUGAGUGGGACAUUCCCGCGGCAUGGAGCCUGCAGGCUCAAUUGGUAUUUGGUAAGCCUAUAGGACCUCCUCGUGAGAAGACAUUUGAGCCUGUUGAGAAACGACUUUUUGUCCAUGUGCUUCACGAACUCCCCGGCCUUGAUCGCACACCUGCGGGCCUCUUCCUCGAAGUUCAUGAGCCAUCCGAUCAUGAGAACAUCGUGUGA